UUUAGGUUUGCAAAAAUGAAACGAAGAAGCCAAACACAGGCAGAAAAGAAUGCUAUUAAAAAGACGAAAGAACAAACCGGUGCUCUAACCCUCUCACAGUUUAGUUCUGAUGUCAUUUGGCAGCUUUCAUCGCAAUACUGGUCGCCGGACACGAAAGCAGAGCAUCUGCCAUACAAUGCCGAUAUUAUAGAGCGCAUCUACGUCGAGGAAAUCACGGCCAGCAAAAACAGCUCCCGCCGUAUCAACAUGCUGGAAUUUAGCCAAUAUCUCGAGCAAUAUUUAUGGCCCAAUUACAAACGUGAGAAGGCUACGCACGCACACCUCAUGUCUAUUGUAGUGAUGGCAAAUGAGAAGUUCCGUGAACGCGUCGAGGUGUGGAGUGUGUUCGAGCAGCUGCCAGAUGAGUAUCCGGCUUUCUUUCGACACGUGCUGGAGUCAUGUUUGCCAAGGCAGGGCACUAAGGAAGCGAGCAGCACGUUACGCGAACGCACGGCAUUACUUAUGUUUUUAAAUCACUGCUUUAAUAGCAUGGAAAUCGAGCUAUGCCGAGAGCAAGCUAAGCGCCUGGUGUCCCUUUCCAUGUGGCACUGUCUACAGCCUCGUCGGCGGGAUCAGGAGCUGCGGGAAGUGCCGGAAUGGCGCAAGUAUUGGAAGCGCUUGCAAAAGAAAGAAGGGACGGAUCCAAAGCCUGAAUUGGUCUGGGAGCGCCAUUUUAUGCAGAAUCUAAUAGUCGACUUUCUGCAUAUUCUGGAACGCAUUCCUGCGCAGGGGGAACUUAACAGGAAUGUUGUACAUUAUUGUGAACGCUUUUUGGAGUUCAUUAUAGAUUUGGAGGCUUUGUUACCAACACGACGCUUCUUCAACACCGUACUGGAUGAUUGUCAUUUGAUUGUGCGUGCCCUGCUUUCGCCGUUGGUACAGCGGGAAGAAGGCAAACUAUUUGGACAGCUGCUGGACAUGCUCAAGUUCUAUACACGUUUCGAGAUAAAUGACGUCACCGGCAACUCAUUGACUGAUCAUGAUAUGACUCAAUUGCACUAUAAGAAGAUAACGUUGUUGCAACGUGCAGUGUUCGCCAAGUUUCCCACCUUGCGGAUAUUUGCAUUGUCUAAUGUGGCAACUGUGGACAACCGGGAUGCCUUGGAGAAGCAUUUCGGAGCACUAGAUGGGGAGGGCUUGAAGCAAAUUGCCUCUUUCCUCAAUCUAGUACCCGAUGACCUGCAAGAGCCGUACAAAUGGCAUCGGCUCGAUGAGCAAUUUCUACGUGAACUACUUAUAACUCGACACGAGAAGCGCUGCUCUCAAUUGGAGGCACUAAACGAGAUGCCUCUUUAUCCCACAGAAGACAUCAUUUGGGAUGAGAAUGUGGUUCCGUCGGAAUAUUACACAGGCGAGAAUUGUCUAGCCCUGCCCAAACUCAAUUUGCAAUUUCUCACCCUGCACGAUUAUCUGCUGCGCAAUUUCAAUUUGUUUCGUCUGGAGUCUACCUACGAGAUUCGCCAGGAUAUUGAGGAUGCCGUCAGUCGCAUGUUGCCCUGGCAGUCAGAGGACGGUGAUGUCGUAUUCGGAGGCUGGGCUCGCAUGGCCUUGCCCAUAGCCAGCUUUGCAGUGGUCGAGGUGGCCAAACCGCACAUAGGUGAGAAGAAGCCAUCGCGUGUGCGAGCAGACGUGGGUGUGACAUUGUCGGUUCGCCGGGAAAUCAAGGAGGAAUGGGAGAACUUGCGGAAGCAUGACGUUUGCUUUUUGAUAACGGUCAAGCCCACGCAGACAUAUGGCACCAAAUACAACUCGAGGGAGCCCUUCAUACCGCAGGUGGGCCUGGUUAACGUGCGUGGCUGCGAGGUGGAGGGCAUGCUUGAUGCCAAUGGGCGCGUGAUAGAGGAUGGACCCGAUCCCCGUCCACAACUACCUGGGGAGCAGCGCACCUAUCGUGUGUGGCUGGACUCCAAUCAAUAUCGCCAAGACAUGGACGCCCUACAAGAGGGAGCUGAUGAUGUAUACGAAUCGUUUAACAUUCUGAUGCGUCGAAAGCCCAAGGAGAACAAUUUUAAGGCCGUCCUGGAGACAAUUAGACAUCUGAUGAAUACCGAAUGUGUGGUUCCCCCUUGGCUGCAUGACAUACUGCUUGGCUAUGGUGAUCCUGCGGCUGCCCACUACAGCAACAUGCCCAAUCAGGAGCGUAGCUUGCAGUUCAACGACACAUUCCUCGACUAUGACCACUUGGCGUCCAGUUUCCCAACCUAUGAGAUAAAGUGUGAGGCACCAGAUGAAGCUCGCGUGCCACCCUAUCGCCUUAUUUUCGAGGAUGUGCCAGAGAAACGAAACAGCGAUGAGGAGGAAGACAACGAGGAAUUGCCAGAGGCCACCAGCAAAUCCAUUAUAGUCGAACCGUACAAGUAUGAUGCACGUGGACCUUAUCCCAGCGACAGGCCCAAGCAGAAUUGUAUACGCUUCACACCUACACAAAUAGAAGCUAUACGUGCUGGUAUGCAGCCGGGGCUCACUUUGGUAGUUGGUCCUCCUGGCACGGGCAAAACAGAUGUGGCUGUGCAAAUCAUCUCGAAUAUCUAUCACAAUCACCCUAAUCAACGCACCUUGAUUGUCACGCACUCUAACCAGGCGCUGAAUCAGUUGUUUGAGAAGAUUAUGGCUCUGGACAUUGAUGAGCGGCAUUUGCUGCGUUUAGGUCAUGGUGAGGAGGCACUGGAGACGGAGAAGGACUACAGUCGUUACGGACGUGUCAAUUAUGUGCUGGCCAAGCGCAUGGAUUUGCUCGCGAAAGUGCAGCGCUUGCAGGAGGCGUUGGAUGUGAGCGGCGACAACGCAUAUACCUGUGAGACGGCGGGUUACUUUUAUCUUUACAAUGUGAUGGCUAGGUGGGAGAAGUUUCUAAGUGUGGUCGCUGCACACAGUGAGGAGAGUGAUGUCGAGAAAUUGCUGGCAGUCUUUGAAAACGAAUUCCCAUUUAAAAAAUUCUUUGCGGAUGCGCCACAGCCACUGUUUAAGAGCAGCACCUAUGCGGAGUUGUUGGAAACAGCGCAGUCCAAUUUCCGAUACAUUUCGGACAUAUUUACAGAGCUGGAAGAAUUUCGCGCUUUCGAAUUGUUGCGCACAGGUCUGGAUAGAUCGAAAUACUUGCUAGUUAAAGAGGCAAAAAUUAUUGCCAUGACUUGUACGCAUGCGGCUCUAAAACGCAAGGAGCUGGUGAAUCUCGGCUUUCGAUACGACAACAUUCUCAUGGAGGAGUCGGCGCAGAUAUUGGAAAUUGAAACGUUUAUUCCACUAUUAUUGCAAAAUCCACUGGAUGGUCUGAAUCGGCUGAAGCGUUGGAUAAUGAUUGGCGACCACCAUCAGUUGCCGCCGGUCAUCAAGAAUAUGGCAUUCCAAAAGUAUUCGAACAUGGAGCAGAGUCUUUUCACGCGCCUUGUGCGUCUCGGUGUGCCAACCGUCGACCUGGAUGGACAGGGUCGUGCAAGAGCCAGCAUCUGCUCAUUGUACAAAUGGCGCUAUAAGAAACUGGAGGAUCUGCAGCACAUUUUCGAACGGGACGAAUACAAAAUGGCCAAUGCGGGCUUUGUGCACGACUACCAGCUGAUAAAUGUGGAUGACUUCAAAGGUGUAGGCGAAAGCGAGCCCAGUCCGUAUUUCUAUCAGAAUCUUGCAGAGGCAGAGUAUAUUGUCGCCAUGUAUAUGUACAUGCGUCUAUUGGGGUAUCCAGCCGCCAAGGUAUCCAUCCUCACCACCUACAAUGGACAGAAGCAUUUAAUACGCGAUGUCAUCAAUGCGCGCUGUGGAAACAACCCUCUGAUCGGCUGGCCGCACAAAGUAACCACUGUGGACAAAUAUCAGGGUCAGCAGAAUGACUAUAUUCUAAUCUCCUUGGUGCGCACAAAAGCUGUCGGCCAUCUGCGUGAUGUGCGUCGUCUUGUGGUGGCUAUGAGUCGUGCCCGUUUGGGUCUUUACAUUUUUGGUCGUGUUUCGCUUUUUAAAAACUGCCUUGAGUUGCAGCAAACAUUCAAGCUGCUCAUGCAACGUCCUCUGGACCUAAACCUUGUGCCUGAGGACAGUUAUCCAACCCAGCGGUUGACAGUCGACAAAGUGGACUGCAAAGCCUGUAAAGUUGUUGAGAAUAUGUCCGAAAUGGCGCAAUUCGUUUAUGAUUUAUACGUGAAAAAAAUGGAAACACUUAAGGAUCAGCUGCCUUCAGAGGAAGAGCUGCGGGAUAUGUAUAAUCAACUGCCACAGGAAGAUGAUAAUAACACGGGAGCUACGGAAAUUCCAACCGAAACCGAAGAGCCGCCAGAGAAAAAAGUGGCAAAAGAUAAGUCGAAAAAUAAAGCGGGCAAUCCGUUCAAGGUGACGCCCAUUCUUAAUGAGAUAAGUGGUGAAGAGGAAGAUGUACAGCAGGAAGAACAAAACACCGGAGCAGAGGAAUCUACACAGCAAGUGGCAACGGAGGAGACUGCGCAGGAGCCAGCAACAGAAGUCGCUGCCAUCGAACUAAGUGACACAACCACGGAGAAGAAUUAGCUGCUGGCCAAUUAUUUAAUUUAAAUAGUUGUUAACAAUACAUUCAAUCUGACAAAUACACACACAAAUAAACACACGCGCAUACAUUUUAUUUGAUAAUCUAA